UCUUUUAAAGCUGUGAUUUGGCUCUGUUAGCUCGGGUGGAAAGUUGGGACAGUGCUGUUUGUGGAGCUUGUGGAGUGGUGCAGCCAGUCGAACGUGUUUUUGUCCGCCUCUGGAGGACAGACAGACACAGUGCGGAAACUCUGCCUCUUCUUUCCCACGGCUCAUUCUGGGCUUGUCUUGUUUUAUUUAGUUCGUUUUCAGUCGGCGAAUGCUCGGGCCUGAAAUUGAAAUCGUGUUUUUUAUUAAGAAACAGGAGUCAGAAAAAGGAAAAGUUGAUUGCGUGCGAAUGAGCUGAGCGGAGGAGGGGAGAGGAGGUUUACUGUCUCCCUCGCCGAGUGAGUGUGUUUGUGCAGUGAACGUGGAGUCGUAAACUUUGGAGCUGCUUAGCUCAGAGAGCCAUUUUAGCCCUUGCUGUUUGAAGCCAUGCGGCCGAGGCUGGAUUCUCUGGGAGAAACUCGGGAAGGCCAAGCGCUCAGAAACCACGGAAAGUGAAGAGAAAAGCAGCGGCGCGAGCAGCACAAAACAUGCCGACCGAAAAGCCCUCAGCCUUCGCCGGAUUCUCACAGCAGUCGGAGGUGCACAUUGUUUCCUUUCCUUCCCCUUCGUUCCUCGGUUCUUCGUUCCCGUCCUCCUCCCCCCUCUUGUCGUUCUGUCGUUCUUUCACUUUUGCUCUCCCUCGAACCUUUUAAAACGUUCCCCCCCUCUCUGAUUCGUCAGACGCGAGAGAAUGUCCCUCUUUUUGUCUCUCUCCCUCUCUCCCUCCCUCUCUUGCUCUCUCUCUCUCUCUCUCUCUCUCUCACCCACUCCCCCUCUCUUUCUCUCCCCAUCUCUGAUUAGAUAUACUGAUUCCUCAUUCAAUGGACGUCAUUUAGUGCGGAGUCUGCCUUGAGUUGCUUCCUCGCUUCACGCUCGAUUUCCGACCAUUCUUCCCUUAUUAAGUAUUCGUGUAAUAUUAAUAGUCAUGAAUAUCUGCUAUUAGGAGUCCGAAAGGAAGAGGCAGCUCUUUGCUAAAUAUGCGCCCGAGCGAAGGAACAGCUCACUGAGAGAGCGAAGGCGAUGGAAAGGGGGAUCUAAGAAACUUUAAAAAAAAGCAGCCCAAUCCGCCAAGACCUAAAACUGCAUUUAUUUCCUUUUUUCUUUUUUUCCUUUUUUCUUUUUUGUUUCUAACAAAUGAAGAACAUUGGGAAUUGUACCCAAGCUCUGAUGGAUUAUCGUGCUUCUGCUUCUUCUCGUAUUUGAACACUGGGACUCGACGCACAGAAAGAAAAAAAGCGCCUCGGUGCUGUGGCUCUUUAUUCCGCCUCGCUCGCUCCGGUUCCUCACUGAAAUUUUUCUCGCGUUCUCCAGAAACGCCCGGAAAUCUCUUCAGAUGUUAGUGCACAGCUUCUCCGCGAUGGAUCGCCAUGACGGGACCAGCAAUGGGACGGCCAGGUUACCUCAGCUGGGCAGCGUGGGUCAGUCGCCGUACACGAGCGCGCCUCCGCUCUCGCACACGCCCAACUCGGACUUCCAGCCGCCCUACUUCCCGCCGCCCUACCAGCCCAUCUACCCGCAGUCUCAGGACCCCUACUCGCACGUGAACGACCCCUACUCCAUCAACUCGCUGCACGCACAGCCACAGCCGCAGCACCCUGGCUGGCCGAGCCAGCGGCAGAGCCAGGAGAGCAGCCUGCUGCACCAGCACCGCGGCCUGCCCCACCAGCUGUGCCGGGAGUACCGCAGAGAGGUGCUGCUCCCCUCCGGCCACGGCCUCGAGACCACCGGCCUUACAGACUCUAUCCCCAUCCACGGAAUACCUCACUCUUUAGAUGACGUGCAGCACGUUGAGGAUCAAGGAAUUCACAUCCCUGACCAGACCGUAAUCAAGAAAGGUCCGGUUUCCUUGUCCAAGAACAACAGCAACGUGUCGGCCAUCCCCCUCAAUAAGGAUGGGCUUUUCGGCGGUGUGGUCAAUCCAAACGAGGUUUUCUGUUCGGUCCCUGGCCGCCUGUCCCUCCUCAGCUCCACGUCAAAGUACAAGGUCACGGUAGCAGAAGUGCAGAGACGCCUCUCGCCGCCCGAGUGCCUCAACGCCUCCCUGCUCGGCGGGGUGUUGAGAAGGGCAAAAUCUAAGAAUGGAGGAAGAUCCUUAAGAGAGAAACUGGAUAAAAUCGGAUUAAAUCUACCGGCAGGAAGGCGCAAGGCCGCAAACGUGACCCUGCUGACGUCACUGGUGGAAGGCGAAGCUGUGCAUCUUGCCAGAGAUUUCGGUUAUGUAUGCGAGACCGAGUUCCCGGCCAAGGCAGUAGCUGAAUACGUAAACCGUCAGCAUUCCGACCCAAAUGAACAAGUCCAAAGAAAAAACAUGUUAUUGGCAACGAAACAAAUCUGCAAAGAAUUCACCGACCUGCUCUCCCAGGACCGCUCGCCCCUGGGGAACUCUCGCCCGCAGCCCAUCCUGGAGCCCGGCAUUCAGAGCUGCUUGACCCACUUCAGUCUCAUCUCGCACGGCUUCGGGACGCCGGCCGUGUGCGCGGCCGUGACCGCGCUGCAGAACUAUCUGACCGAGGCCAUUAAAGCCAUGGACAAAAUGUACCUCAACAACAACCCCAACAGCCACUCCGAAUCUGGCACUAAAGGCGGAGACAAAGACGAGAAGCAUAGAAAGUGAUCUCCAGCCAACGUCCAGGCGGCCACACUAUUAAUGUUACAAGUACAUAUUAAACAAAAAUCCCCACUAGUGACCAAGGCGACAGUCGUGCCACUUAUUAUUUCUUUCCCCGAGCUUGAUUCGCAAACGUGUUUGAGUUGUUUUCAAAACCACGAUCCAACCUGGAAUCGACGGAAAACCCAGUUCUCCAAAUAAAUGCGAUGUGACCGGAUGGAGCGUGAGCGAAGGAAGAAAAAAUACUAGAUUUGCCACUCGAGGACUUUUAAUGAACUCCAUCUUUUUUAUUAUGAGCUCCAACGGACUGAAAUCUAGCCACCCCUUCUCAAUCCACGAUUGUAGCCAUGUGACUAAAAAAAGAAGCUGAAAGAGGAUGAUUUUCUAUCAGUAUUGUGAAUAAUAAACUUGAACGAAAGAAAAAAAAGCUCCACAGUUCCAUUGCCAUGACUUCAGACAUGAGACGUUUCACACUGAGCGACCAACUUGAACUUUUGAAAAAUUUCAACACGAUUCACGGUUAUAUGAGGGAAUCUGUGUUCAUGUAUGUAUAUAUUUAUUUAUGUGUAAUUUAACGGGAACUGUAAAUAUGGUGCGUCUGUUGAAACUUCUUUUUUUAUUUAUCUGGUGCCUCCUGUUUUAGUGGGUUUGAAUAUUCGCUUAGUUCUUCAUGUGGUUUUAUGGUUCUUAGAAAAAAACAGAAGUUUGGGGUUAUUAUUUUUUUUUCUCUGGGAUAUUUCAACUCAGCCCUCUUGUAGCAUGUUGAGGCGUCAUCAAAGCAAGUGAACAAAUUGAAUAGAAAUAAACGUCCACUUUUUUCUCUAUAUAUCAUCCUUAUGCCAUUCAGUUUUAAAUCGAAAAAAAGAGAUGACAGAAAGACCCCGAUGAGACUAGUUUUUGUGUUUCUAUUUUCUUGUUUUUUAUACGAGCUUUUAUGUGUUGUGCCAAUCAGAAUACGUUUCACCUCUUGUUCUUCCCUCGAAGCACCAUAAGAGCAAUAAAUGGAUAGCCUAUUGUCCUCAGAAAUCUUUACUUUUUUUUCUUCACAAAAUGAUAAAAUAAAAAAAUUAAAAAAGGAAAAAAAAAAACAUUUGGGACCAUCUGAUAUCUUGUAUGUCCAAUGUCGAAUUGGAGGCGGUUUUAUCUGUAUUGUAUAGGCCUGUGCUGGCAAUAGUUCCCAUGCCUGUCAAUGUAUUAUAGUUAUUUGUUGCCCAGGAAAAAAAUAAAUAUUUGAUACGCUUCA